AUGGCGGACGGAAAAAAUGAUCCGAAUUCAUUGAUGAUUGAUGAAAUUUACGAAUUUUCAGCACCACGAUUCUAUGAUUUCAUUGAUGGAGAGACGGAGGAUGAUAUGCGCAAUGCAGAGCUUUGGUUUGAUAUUACUAGUAGCUAUGCCCCUUCUCCUUGUAUUCCAAGAAUCAAGAUCAAUAGAUCAGUACAAGUUGAAAUCCCGUGUGAUUUCACUGAAGGCGAGAAGUUGGAGAGUAAUACAAGGCCUGCAGCUGAGGUUAAGGAAGAGGAUACACCAGAUGAGAACAACGAACCUGCCGCUGAGGUUUUGUCUUUUGAGGUUAAGGAAGAGGUGAUAUCAGACGAGAACAACAAACCUGCAGCUAAGGUUUUGUCUUAUGCGGUUAAGGAAGAGGCAACACCAGAUGAUGCGAUCGGAGUGGAACUUCAUAGCAGUCUUGCCAAUCCGGAAUCUGUUAAGAAACAGCCAACUAGUCAAGAAAUUUGCACCCCAAGACCACUACCAACAAUGUCUAAGAAGAUAGACCCUAUGAAAACUGAUUCCACCAAUCAGAAAACAGCGAAGAAAAUUCCAAGCAUGCUUAGAAAUCCUUCAGCAUUGAAGUCAAAAACAUUGCCUGCAAAGAGCGCUAAUCCUGCCACCGUGAGAAAGCAAGCAAUCAUGAGAAGUGCUGUUAGAACGCCCAAUUUUGGCCAAGAAAACCAAGCUAUAAAGAGACAAAAAUUAGAAAGUGGAAAAGCCAAGCAGAUUCUGGAUGUCAAACCCCAACAUUUGCCGCACAAAUCAAAACCUGGAGCCAAUGGCUCCACCUUCUCUUCGGUUGCUAAAACUCGUAAAGAGGACAGAAAGAUGUACGUCCGGGAACCAGUACCACAGUUUAUUUCAACAGCAGAAAUGAUGAAGAAAUUCCAAUGUAGCACAAGGGGAAUGUCUCUGUCCUGCAUGAGCAGUUCCACUUCGCAUAGGAAGCCUAAUAAACUAACAUUAACUGCACCUAAAGAACCUGAAUUUGAGACUGCACAACGCGCCCGUCCAACUACAGUGAAGAGUUCAGCUGAGCUUGAGGAGGAAAUGAUGGCUAAAAUUCCCAAGUUUAAGGCUCGCCCACUGAACAAAAAGAUACUGGAAGCUCCAAAGUUACCAACACUACCUAAAAGUACACCGCAACUUCCAGAAUUUAAGGAAUUUCAUUUAGAGACUAUGGCCAGGGCGAAUCAGAAUGUUGAAACAUCUUCAGUCCUAUCCAUGGAAUCUACUCAGAGUCAUCAAUGGAAGCCACAUCUUACAGCUCCUAAAUCACCUGUUCUACAAACGUCACUUAGAGCACGGCCUCCACAGAUCAAAAGCUCUGAAGAACUUGAAAAAGAAGAACUUGAAAAAGUUCCAAAGUUCAAGGCUAGACCUUUCAAUAAGAAGAUCUUUGAAAGUAAAGGAGACCUAGGAAUGUUCUGCAACACAAAGAAGCAUGUGACGGUGCCUGAAGAAUUUCAUUUUGCCACAGAUGAAAGGAUUCCACCUCCUUCUAACGCUACUGAUCUCUUUGAUAAGCUUUCUCUGUAUUCCGAACCUAGAAAUGAAAAGACUAUACCAAGAAACACCAGACCAAAUCCUUUCCAUCUCUACACAGAGGAAAGAGGAGCAGAGAAAGAGAGGAGACUAUUCACCGAACUCCUGCAGAAACAGAUUGAAGAAGAGAGGUCAAGAGUUCCUAAAGCAACCCCAUAUCCUUACACAACUGAUUACCCGGUGAUUCCACCAAAACCAGAACCAAAGCAUUGUACAAAACCUGAACCUUUCCAACUGGAGAGUCUGGUCAGGCAUGAAAGAGAGAUGCAGAGGGAAAUGGAAGAACGGCGAAGAUUGGAGAAGGAAGAAGCAACGAUGAGGACUUUUAUAGCGCAACCAAUCUUGAUCGAGGAUCCAAUUCCAGUUCCUGAGAAAGUACGUAAGCCCCUCACUCAAGUUCAGGAAUUUAGUCUACACGUAGAUCAUCGUGCACCAGAUAGAGCUGAGUUUGAUAAGAAGAUCAAGGAGAAAGAAAUGAUGUAUCAAAAAUACAGAGAGGAGGCAGAAGCUGCAAGAAUGAUGGAAGAAGAGAUGGCCCUGAAACAACUACGGAAAACCUUGGUGCCUCAUGCAAGACCUUUGCCUAAAUUUGAUCAUCCUUUCCUGCCACAAAAGUCAUCCAAACAAGUGACAAAACCAAGAUCCCCCAAGUUGUUGGUUCUUAAAAGGCAAGAAAGGAGAAGAAUGGUGUGUCCCUAUGCUGCAGUUUCUACAGCUGCCUCCCAGAUGAGGUGAAGAUACGAACAUUUAAUCGGUCCAAGAAUCUGGGAGGAAGGAAUGUUCAAGAAUCCUUGAACUCCAUGGACAGUGUUGAUUACAAUGUGUUCAUCCGUAAAAUGUGCACUUUUUGUAUACAUUGAAAAAUAUCUGUAAGAAUGUGGCACUUUGUACCUAAAGAAUUCAUCAAGUAUAUUUAAUAUAUUAAAUUAAAAAUUA